CCGCGCCGCCGUCCGGAGCGUGCGCCGGAGAAGCGUGCGACAUCAGAUCGCGUUCGACUUCCAUUCGGCUCGAAAACAUAUCGCGACGCAGGCACGCGCGAUUUUUUUUCAGAACCAGACGGAGGAGGAGCUCCCGCGGAUGCUUGACACUCGCGCGUUGUCGCGGCUUCGUACCAACCAACGUAGAAGAGCGCGAAUAUGUUCCGGGAUGGCCAGUAUCUGGAAGUGAUCAAGGCUUCGGAUGAUUGUCUGGCGACCGUCGUGGUGACCAUUCAAGAAAAAACGGUGGAGAUCAAGAAGCAAAAGGUCAUCACUAACAAGUGGCUGCAGGUCGAAGAUUGGGCAGCUCUCUACAAGAUACUGGAGCGAGCGAUCCUGCGGAACUGUCGAAGUCAAACUGAUGAAUCGCAUUGUGAAAAUCGGGGAUGUGAAUGGAAAAAGUCCACUCGCCAGUUGGAAGUCACGUACACUUUUGAAUAUUCAGAGUGCACGAGCGACGUGUCAUCUUUGCCCACGAUCAAAGUACACGUGUCACCAGCUCGAAAGAAAUCGCUGAAACGAGAAACGAAGGUCACAAAGAGAAACAAAGUGGUAACACUAGAAAAUAAUGACAAUACAACGAAACGAACGAAAGAAGAAAAAUCUCCCGAUCAAAUGACGGAUCCGAAAGUCGAUCAAUCGAGGAAAACCCUGGAGAAGUCGCUGCAAACUUCCCCGAAGAAGAUCGAGAGCUCGCGCGCUAUCGCGACGGAGCAAGAGGACCCGAAGAGGAUCAAAAAGAGUCGGAAAUACGUGCUCUCGAACGACUUGGAGAACGCGCCGUUGGAGGAAUACAUCCCGGACGCACCGAAAGCGAAAAGAUCAUGUACGGAUUUGAACUACGUGCCUAGCCAGAAGAGCGCAUUGGAAAAUAUGCGUUUGACCUUGAACGAGUACACGCCGACUCUCUGCGAUAGCAAACCCAUGACGGAAACCGUGAGCUAUGUGCCGAAUUCCAUCGAGAAGCUGGAGACGAUUCAUGAGACUUACGAACCGCGCGCAACCACGACGAUUCCCGAAGGCAUCCUCGAGGAAUACGUUCCCAAUUCCAAAGGAGCCAAGCCUUCCGUAGAGAAGUACGAGCCUGGUUUCAAGUCCUCGAGCAAAUUGAUGAAGUUCGACGAUAGCUACGUGCCAUCGAGCGUGCAACAGAGUAGCAACUCGAAAAGAAUGAAUCCGAGUAAAUCGCGUCGAAAGGGAACAUUGCUCAAGAAGAUGGAUCUCUUUUCGUGAGAUAUACGAAUCUUUUUCGUAAAGCUACAUACCGAUAUGCGAAAUUCGGUAAUAAAAUAACAAGCAAGACGAUCGAAGAAAAUUUCGCAGGAGAGAAAACAAAUUUUGUAUCGAGUAUGUAUGUAUAUGAGACUGAUGUUUGUAAAAAGAAAAUUAUAGUUUAUAUGAUAAAUGUUCAGAUUAUCUCUGAUUUUUUUAAACUCAUCUCUCAUUUUAUUUACUUCGAGAUAUACUAUAAAUAAAAAAUUAAUAUCUUCAGCCUCA